AUGGCGACGGAAAAAAUUACCAGCUUUCAGCUGGCCCUGGAUUCAUUCAAGUCUCAGUCAGGGCCUAUCCUUGUGCGGGAAUUCGAGAUGACAUCUCUGGCGGCUCUUAAACGCUCAAUCGUCAAGAUCGAAAGGAAACAAGCGACAGAAAGACGCCUGCAAAAUAUGCGACGCCUCUCCAAGUUUGUUGAUAUAAUGGAGAGACAUGGUGAAGUUAUAGAGACCUUGCUGAACACGACUAACCUUCUGGGAUUUGUUUGGGGGCCAAUGAAGUUUCUGUUACAGGUUGCGAGUUCUGUAUCUGAAGCUUUUAACGAGCUCUUGGAUACUUAUAAAGUCAUUGGAGAAAGCCUAGAGCUUCUAGAAAGUUGCAAUGGACUCAUUGAUGGAAACCCUCUAGUUCAACGAGCUGUGGAGUCUAUGUUUCAUGACAUUCUGGAGUUUCACAAAACCGCGGUUGCUUACUUCAGGAAGCCAAUGUGGAAACAGGUCUUUCAGGCUACCUGGUCCACCUAUAAGGCAAAGUUCGGACCGGUUGUCGACAGUUUGAAACGCCACAGACAGGUUUUUGGGGAUAGGCUCACCUUUGCGCAACUCGAAGAGAUCCGCGUAGAAGGGGUCAGAUCCGCCGAUGCACUUAAGAAGCUGCGAAAAGACGAGACAAUGCGUCAGCUGAGAGAGAUUCAAUGCUGGCUGAAUAGCGCAGACGUUGCGAGUGAUCAAGAAUCUUUCAGGAGUGUGCGAAGUUGCAAUACUCAAGCCGGAACUUGGAUUUUGCGUCAUAAGAUCUAUUGUGCGUGGAAGGAGAGAAUCGCGCAGUCGAUGCUCUGGGUGAAUGGUAUCCCAGGAGCUGGUAUUGUCCUGAUGAAAACUAUCCUGACAUCCAUUAUGGUCGAAGAUUGUCUCAAAUGCUAUCAAUCUACGAUUUGGUUCUAUUUCAGGUCUGGCGAUUCGCAACGAAGCUCCUUCCUUAGCUUUGCUGCCAGUAUUAUCGCACAGCUGCUAGACAAAAACAGCGAUCUGAUACCUUAUGUCUUCGAAGAGAUGUGUCGCAAAGGCAAGCGAGCAUUUUCAUCAGAACCAAUAGCCAAAGAGCUACUAGAGGUAAUGAUGAGAAACUCGGGACAAGUUUGCAUUAUCCUCGAUGGUCUUGAUGAGUGCAGUAAGAUAGAAAGGAAGAAAAUCCUUCAAUGGAUCCGCCUCAUGAGUGAGCAUUCACAGAAUCGUGAUAGUUCAGAAUCCACGAUAUGUAUUCUUGUGUCACAAAGGGACGCGAUCACCUCCAAGGCUUUACGUGAUAUUCCAAGCUUGGAGAUCACUUCGAAGGAUACGCGAGACGACAUCUAUACAUAUAUAAGGUCCCGAGGCUCAGAGGUGCAAAAGAAAUUUCAACUCGGUGACGAAAUCACAAAAGCGAUGGUUGAGCUUGUCAUGGAAAAGGCGGGCGGGAUGUUUCUUCUCGCGAAGCUUGUUAUGAACAACCUUUACUGUCAAGUCUCACCCGGUGAUCUCUAUAAAGAGCUGAACACGAAAGAAAUACCAACUCAACUUGACCAAGCAUACGAGCGAAUAUUGAACAAUAUCCUUGAAGAGCAGGCUUCCCGAAAUCAUGCAUUUCAGCUUCUUGGCUGGCUAGUGUGCGCAAAACGGAGACUCCAGUGGCGAGAGAUACAGGGCGCGGUUUCAAUUGACCUUGAAGCCGAAGAUGUUGACUUUGAAGGUCGCCAAUGGAUCCUUGAUUCUAGAGACCUAUGCGAUUCGCUUGUCGAAGUCAAGACCGAUGGUUCUCUUGAACUUGUUCAUGCAACUGCAAAGCUGUUCCUUAUUCGAACAAAUUUCAUUGAUGUCAGACAAGUGGAGUUGAGGAUGGCUUCUCUCUGUGUGGGCUACCUAGCUCUACCCGGGUUUGAGACAUUCCUGCCAGACGAGUCUGUUGCAGACCUCAUAAGCGCUGGAUAUUACACGUUCCUAGACUACGCAGUAUGCUUCUGGUCAUCCCAUCUCCAGGAGGGCCUCAAGCGCACCAUAGAUCGGCAGGACGCUAUGAUGCUGAAUGAAGUUCUUUCGAAAUUUCUAGAGUCGCACUACCGACAUCCCGCAAAAGAAAUCAAAAUUCCCUCUUCUGCAUUUGAGAUAAAGAGGCGGAUUGAAGAACACGGACCCUGGUCUACUUCGGAGAAAUUCCUUAACGCCUUCGCCUCAACGCAGAAUCAAAUAAGCUGUCUUACUCGAGACGCAGCAACCAAUGAAUGUCUCGACAUACCUGAUGUUAUAACUCGCAUCAGGAAAAUUCUAGAGAAAACCACCUCAGAAAAUACGACCAAUGGGAGAACUGACAGCAGAGUACUGUAUUCCUUCUACGGCCACCGUCUCUAUGAAUGCCCCAGAAUGAGCUGCGAGUUCUUCCAUCAAGGAUUCGAGACUGUCCAGCAAAGAGAAUCUCAUUUGGGCAAGCACGAUAGAGCUUUUGAAUGCUCCUUUCCUCAAUGUUACAGAGCUACUAUUGGGUUCAGCUCAAAGAGGCAACUCGAAAAACACGUCGCGGAUACUCAUGAGCAAAAGGCAAGGGAAAUGCACUCUUUCCCUUCCAAGCGAACGAGGAUCGCUUUGCUGUGCAGAUUCUGCAAAGAAGAAUUUCAGGACACGAGAGCAUACCGCAUGCAUGACUGCACACGUUCCUCUCCAAAGCGGCCACAGAACGUCAAAACGACGGAUAAGCCUUUGAUCCCAGGAGUUGAAGCCACGACAGGCGAAUCCAAACCGACAAACUCACGUUGGCAGGAUCCCGGCUUGCUUACUAUCGACGAAAUUGAUAAUAUGCCACACCUGGGUAAUCAGGAGAAAAUAGCACAUAAGGGGCUCGUGCGUAACCUGUGGAAGAUCCUUAAUGAUGGUAAUCGCCCGAGCGCAGAGCACGAGAUGGCGCACACCAGGAUGACACUUUUGUCGCAACGACUCAGGGACGCUCAGCAAGCAUAUCAGGAACCCCAGCUAGCGCUUCAGCAACAGGAGCAAACUCAUGAUACCCAAGUAGAGCAGCAAGCCGAAUGGGUUCCGUGGAACAAGGUGCAGCAUUUCAGUCAGCUACUGUCUUCAAUCCAGGAAAGAGUCUUGGGGCUCACUUUCUACGCCCCACCUGAUAUCGCAGACGAGCUAAUCGAGAACUGGGAAGAAGCGCAAGCUCAGUUGUCAGAGUUCGACGAGGAAAUUGAGAGGCGGCAAUCACAGGGUGAUAUGGCAAGAGAAGAGAUACAAGGAUAUGUGGACAGAAGGCGAGCAAUAGCGAGAAUAUUUGAAGAAGGCCAGGAGUUCGUGCAGAGAUUUACAGAGGAGCAAGAGACGUUCAAGGCCCUUUGGCGGAAGAAGGUUGGGUCGGGAGAGAUUGUCUUUAUCCCUUCAGCAUAG